AUGCAUCCCCGUACCGCAGAAUCACUCCGUCUUCCCCUCAUAGAUCUCCCUUCACCCCGCACCGUCACCAUGCUUGAUGGGUCAAGCCCCCAGGCUGGAAAAAUUUGGAAGAAGGCUAACCUAACCUUCUCCUUUGAUGGCAAGCGCAUGACAGAAACCUUCCUAAUCUGUAACACAGGAUCUCAUGCCGCCAUCUUGGGAUUGAAAUGGUUAGAUAACCACAACCCAGAAAUAGAUUGGAAUCUGCAAACCCUCUCCUUCCCCCACAAGCCACCAGAACACGCUGCCAUUGCUGAGGAGGAGGAAGCUGAUGAAAACACCCUUGAAGGAGUACCCCCUGAAUACCAUCAAUACGCCAAGGUAUUUGGGGAAGAAGAAUUCAACAAGCUUCCCCCACACAGGCAUUAUGACAUUGGCAUUGAGUUAACGGACAAAGGCCCCCUGAAUUCCCCCCUGUAUAGCAUGACUGACGCCAAGUCAGCCACACUGAAAGAUUGGCUCAGGGACGAACUCAAGGCUGGUAAAAUUUGCCCCAGUAAAUUGUCCAUCAGUUCCCCCGUCAUGUUUGUGCCCAAAAAGGAUGGCUCCUGCCAAUUGGUAGUUGAUUACCGUUGCCUAAAUAACCAGACAAAGAAGAUUGUUUAUCCGUUACCCCGCCCAGAUGAUCUCAUGGCCCAGCUCCAUGGUGCCAGGAUUUUUACCAAGCUGGAUCUACAAUGGGGUUAUAACAACGUUUGA